UGCGGAGCUUAAGUACAUCACUUUGGUCAUUGACACACUUGACGGCGCUGCACCUAAAUGACAAUUACCUUAGUCGCAUUCCACCUGAUAUUGCCAAGCUUCAUAAUCUGGUUUACCUGGAUCUGUCAUCCAAUAAACUCAGAAGUUUACCAGCAGAACUAGGAAACAUGGUGUCUCUCAGGGAAUUGCUUUUAAAUGACAAUAUGUUACGGGUUUUGCCUUAUGAACUUGGUCGGCUCUUCCAGCUACAAACUCUAGGUUUGAAAGGCAAUCCUUUAUCACAGGAUAUUCUCAACUUAUACCAGGACCCAGAUGGAACCCGAAAGCUACUGAACUUCAUGCUUGACAAUCUUGCAGUACAUCCAGAGCAGCUUCCUCCGAGGCCAUGGAUUACGUUAAAGGAACGAGACCAAAUUCUGCCAUCAGCAUCAUUCACGGUUAUGUGUUACAAUGUGUUAUGUGAUAAAUACGCCACCCGGCAGCUAUAUGGCUAUUGCCCAUCCUGGGCAUUAAACUGGGAAUACAGGAAAAAGGGAAUUAUGGAAGAAAUUGUUAACUGUGAUGCAGAUAUCAUUAGUCUUCAGGAAGUGGAAACAGAGCAAUACUUCACUCUCUUUCUGCCAGCAUUGAAGGAUCGUGGAUAUGAUGGAUUUUUUUCUCCAAAGUCACGUGCCAAAAUCAUGUCUGAGCAGGAAAGAAAGCAUGUGGACGGUUGUGCAAUAUUCUUCAAAACAGAAAAAUUUACAUUGGUACAGAAGCAUACAGUGGAAUUUAACCAAGUGGCAAUGGCUAAUUCAGACGGAUCCGAAGCUAUGCUGAACAGAGUGAUGACAAAAGAUAACAUUGGUGUCGCUGUGGUAUUAGAGGUCCACAAAGAACUAUUUGGAGCAGGUAUGAAGCCUAUUCAUGCUGCAGACAAACAGCUGCUUAUAGUGGCAAAUGCCCACAUGCAUUGGGACCCAGAGUAUUCUGAUGUGAAACUCAUCCAGACCAUGAUGUUUGUCUCAGAGGUUAAAAACAUCCUGGAGAAAGCCUCUAGUAGGCCUGGCAGCCCAACUGCAGAUCCUAAUUCCAUCCCGCUGGUGCUAUGUGCAGAUCUUAACUCAUUGCCAGAUUCAGGUGUUGUGGAAUAUUUAAGCAAUGGAGGAGUAGCUGACAACCAUAAAGACUUCAAGGAACUAAGGUACAAUGAGUGUCUUAUGAACUUCAGCUGCAAUGGAAAGAAUGGAAGCUCAGAAGGGAGAAUUACACAUGGCUUCCAACUUAAGAGCGCUUAUGAAAAUAACUUGAUGCCUUACACCAAUUACACCUUUGAUUUCAAAGGUGUGAUUGACUACAUUUUCUAUUCCAAGACUCAUAUGAACGUGCUUGGUGUCCUGGGGCCUUUAGAUCCUCAAUGGCUGGUUGAGAACAACAUCACUGGGUGUCCACACCCUCACAUCCCUUCAGACCACUUCUCACUGUUAACACAACUUGAACUCCACCCUCCGCUCCUGCCUCUUGUCAAUGGUGUUCACUUGCCUAAUCGGAGGUAGUGGAGUACUGCCCCGUCAAGACGGGGAUCAGUUGCUAUGGACCUGUACAGUUGUAAAUCAAAGUAUGUAGGAGUGAAGUAUGGCUUUUAAGCUGCUUCUUCAGGUUCCUUUCAUUAUGUGUUUGCUAUAAGACUUUGUAUAUUUUUGUGCAUAUUGAUAUCAUUUGGCACUAGGGCUGGAACCAAAGUAUUACUCUUUUCAAAGUUUUAGUUUAACAUGUUUUUAAAUUGGAUCUUCUUCAUAUUACAUUAGGAGUCAGCAUUGAUAAUUGAUAAAUCACCAAUUUGAGGCCCAACAACAGUGUAUUUGUUUUUGCAGAACAGAUACUUUCUUUUGAACAGUUUCAAAUAAGCCAACCAUUUUUGUAAAAGGCAGUUUUUAAAAACUAUAUAUAUAAGAUUUUAAAGUGAGUGAUGGCAUGUCUUUGCAGGGAAAACUUUCUUGAAUUUCUGUUUUCCUUUAUGACAAACUGACUUUUGGCUCCCCAAGUCAUUUGCACAUUAACAAAGCACUUAAAUUUGCUUGAUCUGUACAUAAACUAUAAUAUAGUAUCUAGCCAUAAUAAGAAAAUUUGAGAAAUUAAUGAUGGUUGCACAAUAUGUUUUCAAAAUCAAAUAUUUAACAGCACAUGAGUUUGUUUGCCUAACAGUAGUUAUUUUUGUUUUUUGUUUUUUGAGGACUCGCUCUGUUUUUUUGUCCCCUUCUUAGUUAUAACUUUAUUAGAAGUAUUAAUUCUAAGCCUGUCUCUCCAAUUUUCUGAAAAGGAAAACAACAGCUAAAUUAUACUGCCACAUAUUUUGAAAAUAGAAUUUGGUAUGUUGAGGAUGACCACAAAAUUAGUGUCUAGUGUUUUUCAUUGUUCCUAUCCACGCUUCUUUUCUGUCUGGUUGUGCUGGAAAAACAGAUAUUAUAUGAUCUUUAUCAUUUUUGCUGUUACAGUCAAACAUUAAAAAAAAAAAACCAAUAAAAAGACACUGAUCAAA